AUGCAGUCGUGCGGAGGCGCUGCGGCGGGACGCCGAGCCUUCGACAGCAUCUGCCCCAACCGGAUGCUGGAGCUGCGGGGCCGGUCUUUCGUCAAGCCCGGGAAGCUGGAGAGGAAGUUCGCCCCUCCGCGGAAGUUCUUCCCUGGUUGCAGCGGCGGCAGCCCAGUGUCGGUGUACGAAGAUCCCCCGGACGCGGAGCCCGCUGCGCUGCCAGCCCUCACCACCAUAGACCUGCAAGACCUCGCGGACUGCUCGUCGCUACUCGGGUCCGACGCGCCGCCUAGUGGUGACUUGACCGCCUCGCAGAACCAUUCUCUGCAAACUGCACCGGACUUCGAUCUGCAGGAUUUCAGAGACACAGUGGAUGAUCUCAUUGCAGACUCAUCCUCUUUGAUGUCGCCUCCUCUGGCCGGUGGAGACUUCCCUUUCCCUCCUUGCGAAGUAUUGCCAUUUGGGCCCUGUCUCUCUCCGCCGCUGGACCCAAGGGCCCUGCAGUCACCGCCGCCGCGCCCUCCGGAUGUGCCCCCGCCGGAGCAGUACUGGAAGGAGGUGGCCGACCAGAACCAGAGGGCACUGGGGGACGCGCUCGUUGAGAAUAACCAACUGCACGUGACGCUGACCCAGAAACAGGAGGAGAUCGCCUCGCUCAAAGAGCGGAACGUUCAACUGAAGGAACUUGCCAGUCGGACCCGGCACCUGGCCUCGGUGCUGGAUAAGCUGAUGAUCACACAGUCCCGGGAUUGCGGAACGACAGCCGAGCCCUUCCUGCUCAAGGCGACAGCCAAAAGGAGCCUGGAGGAGUUGUUCAGUGCUACGGGGCAGGAUUGCGCGGAAGUGGACGCCAUCCUGAGGGAGAUUUCCGAGCGCUGCGACGAAGCGCUGCAGAGCCGCGACCCCAAGCGGCUGCGGCUACAGCCGGAGCCCGCGAGCAAGGCAGGCGUGCCGGGGAACCUGCACGGCGCCUUCCGAGGGCUGCGCACAGACUGCAGCCGGAGCGCGCUAAACUUGAGCCACAGUGAGCUGGAAGAGGGAGGCUCCUUCAGCACCCCCAUCCGCAGUCAUAGCACCAUCCGCACUCUCGCUUUCCCCCAGGGCAAUGCCUUCACCAUUCGGACAGCCAACGGGGGUUACAAAUUCCGCUGGGUCCCCAGUUGA